UGUAAAUCGUUUAGUUUUUUUUUAAAUCUUAAAUCAGAAACCAUGAAAAAUACAUGAACAACACCAGUAUAUUUUUUGUGUUGGCAACAUUUAAAGGCGGGUUUUUCAGAGCACUUGCGCAAAAACGAGUGGAAAGAGGGAAAACAAGGUGAGAAGGAAUGAGAACUGGCAACCACAUUUAAAGUAGUUCAGAAAUCUGUUGCUUUAUAUUUUAAACCAAAACGACAUUGAUAAAUAUGGAGGAAUAUUUGGAUCCUCCUUUUGAACAAGAGGUGAGAAGAACUAUCGUAAGACACAUGGACGCCAACGGAACUUUAGCAAGUCUGGAGCAGGCAGGCUUCAAAUUCAAAGAUAGCCUUGAAGAGUAUACCGAGGGCAAAAGAAGUGAAGCCACACCGCCCUUCAUCUUUCCAAUACCUCUGGAUGUUGCGGAAUUAGCCGAGAUAUCAUGUGAAAUGGGGUCCUUAGUCCUGGAGAAGCCGCGCCUGGUGCAGGAGCUGGUCAGGGACGUGGUUCACUGCGCCCUGACAACACUCUGCCCCCUCCCCGCCCUCACGCUAGACCAAGUACAGGUGGCGCUACGGGUGAGUUCCUUGCCCGCCGAGCGAAGCCUACGGACGGACGGCACGAAGAUCCCAGCGCCCACCGACAGACGUCUACUGCUGCUCCAGGGCGUGGCCGUAGCCGUCACCACCCCGACCAAGUACACGCGCAGUGCCGUGUUCCGGUGCCCCGUUCUCAGUUGCCCCGGCGCGGCGGGGGUGCGCGUCUGGGGUCCUAAGGCGUCGCGGCGCCGGUGCCGAUUCUGCGCCGGCGACGCCGACGAGGCGCCGCGGGGGCGCGACGUCGGGGACCAGGUCGAGGCGCUGCUAGUGCGGCCCGACGCGCUGCAGGCGGCCGAGGCGCAGGAGGGCCGGCCCAACCUCAGCCACCCGACCCUGGUCAGGUUCUGCGACGACUUGGCCCUGCCAGAGACCCUGCAGUUGGGACAGCGCUACGACGUCGUCGUGCUCUCGAGCGGGCUAGCUGGCCCUGCUGAGGCGUGGGGUGUCCGCCCUUGGGUGGACGGCGCGCUGCGCCGCGUGGCGCGCGGGUUGCGCUCCGACCCGCUGCCGGGCUCCAUCCAGGGCGUGUGGGUGGAGGCGAGCGCCGACACCGAGUCGCCGUGGGCCUUCGCUGUCACCCUGGCCUCCCAGGUGGGCGGCGACAGGUACCCGGCGCACACCUUCCUGCACCUCAAGCUGGGCAUCCUGCUGAGCCUCGCGUCCCAGGGCCUGGACCACCCGCCGGUGCCGCUGCUGGCCGUGGGCAGGGACCCGGCCGGACAGGUGCUGCUGGCCCGCGGAGCGCGCCUCGCGGACCGCGCCGUGUGCAUCACCAGCGCUGCGGACCUCACCCGGCUGCCGGCCGCACCCGCCCUCCCGCGGCAGCAGCAGGCGUCGCGCGGGCGCGCGGGCCCCGCGGGGGCGUGGCUCUCUGCGGGGCCUCUGGUGCUGGCGCGGGGCGGCAUCUGCUUCGUCGGCUCCUGGGACAAGUGGAACCGCAGCUCCGCGAGCGCCAUCACUGCAGCUCUGGAGAGCGGCAAAGCAGUGCUGGAGUGCCGCGACCUGGCCGGUGCGCAGCUGCCCGGGGCGGGACCCAGCGUGCCCCUGCAGUGUGCCGUCUGGGCGUACUGGAGCCCGCCGACCACGAGCAAGCCUUCGGACCUCCUCACACUGCGCACGUUGCUCAAUACGUUAGGUGCGCCGGUUCUCGCUGAGACUGGGUCUGAGGAGGAAGCUUUCGAUAUCUGCGAACAUCUUUUGAUCAAAGCUAGAAGGGAACAAAUGUCAAGUGUCGUUUUGGACAGCGAUAUGAAAGAGUUUCUGACCUUAGUAAAUGCCCAACCUGUUGCUUUAACAGAUGAAGCAUCUCGUCUCAUUCGGGAUUAUUUUGUAGCCAGCAGGAGGGUCCGCCCAAAUUGUUUACCAGUGACAGCUGUAGGUACAAUGGCAGCUAUGGCAGAAGCUUUGGCUAGAAUCUCACUAAGGGUUGAAGCUACGUGGGCUGACGUUGUCUUGGUUGUUUGGAUGUAUGAAGUUGCAUUUACAUCUCUCUUUGGCUCAUGCCUUGUCAGUCCACUGCCUGAUAUAUGUGGGGUGCCUCUGGAUGCUGAAUAUCUCACUUAUCAGAUGGAUUGUCGCCUCAAUAGUAUGAGAGUUUGGCUUGAUAAUUAUAUCAAGUUAAUCUUGUUAAGCAGUCUUCGUGUUGACCAUGAGGACAUAGGAGGAUAAUUAGCAAACCUUUUAAGUUUUAUGCUUCAUUGUAUAAUUGUCUUUUC